CUGUUGGUAGUUGAACAAUAAAAAUAAUUUGAUUAAUCACUUGGAUAUGGCUAAUUACAACAUAAUCUAUAUGUCUUAUCACGACGUCUUAAGGGCGAACAUGCUGUAACGACAUUAUAGACGAAACAAAUUGGACGAGCUUCGCGCACGCGUACUUAAAAUAUACACGCCUCUCUUACACAUAUGAGCUAAAACUUGGAGAGAGCGAGAUGUAAGAAAAUUAUAGUAACACUCGAAAAACACAUGACACGCUGCUCGUAACAGAAGUGGUUGCGAUGUUUUUAAAUUAGUCGUGUUAUACAAUCGAAAACUUCUAUAAUGACCUAAGGCUGAUAUUGCAGUUUCAACUGUAUUCGAAUAAGUUAUGGUUGAAAUUAGUUUGUCGUGGUUUGACGGUUGGUGUCGGUCGCCAUUUUCUAUAAUGGCGGCGAGUAGUGCGACAUCUAUCUCGACUUUAGUGUCAUCGCUAACUCGCGUAGCGUGCGGACGUCGCGGUUUCCCGUCGUUUCUUAUUGUUUGAUAUAUAAUCAUAGAAAAAUGACAACGGAAAUUGUUCUAAAUACUGAAAAAAUGAUAAAUAACACUGUUAACUCGUUAUAAAAUGUGUAGUGGCCGUAGCAGGUUAUAAUACACGACUAUUAUGUAGUAAAAUAAUGAAUUUCACACACCACCGCAGUCUUGAGUUCGAAUUGUAGUGAACUGUGUUGUGGAAUCGAUUUUUAGGUGUUAUUAAUGAAAUUACGAAGGUGCUUGUGGUUAUAUUGUUACAUAAAAGAUCCUGUUGGUUCGGACAACGAUUCACGAGCUUUACUUUUGUGGAGGCUCGACUCGCGUAGAAUCGAUAUAACUUAAUAAAAAAUGCAUAUUUUCCCUAUGGUUUCAUAAAGGCUCGGGUCAAUAUCGUACCGGUUAUUGCAAUACGAAUGUUUUUUUUAAUAAACAACGUGUUUCCGGAGGCAGUUAAAGUGAUUUUAUUUUAGUGAAUAGUGUUUGUACUGGAAUAUUUGUUGUGCAUUCAAGUUUUCAAUACAUCAAAAGCAGGUCCCGGCGAAUGUGUUCGCCCCGCAGGACUAGCCGUUAUGUGAUAGUGCCCUUACCGUCGGCCAUCUUGUAACCAUGGCCGCCAUCUUGAGCGCGGCGCUGCUGCUCGCGUUCGCUGUCUAUUCCACACAAGGUGGAGGCUGCACGUUCCCCGAGUCCUGGACGGGCGCGUGGUUCCAGUCCGGCGUUCCGGGCCUCGUGUCGAUCAACCAGACACACAUACAGUCCAAAGGAGAGUGCUCCGAGACGGAGAGCUAUGACAAAUUCCUGUUAUAUGACAGGAGUGACGACUGCUACAGAUGUAUGGUGAUACACGAAAAGCACAGAUAUGUGUUGCAGUAUAAAGAAACAUACUGCUCACCAAAAGAGACCCUGUCGUCGCUCUGCGACACAAUCACAGGCGACGCGGCGCUGUACUCCAUGUUCCGCAAGGACCCCGCGCCGACGCCGCAGCCCUGCCCGUUCAGACCCGCGCCGUUCACGUUUACAUAUAACCGCGGCGCUGGGGACUGCACGAACCCGCCAUCACGAGCCGAGUCGUGUACGGACGACUCGAGGCUGCUUCUGCGGUAUAUGGCAUGCCCGGACGUCCAGGCCACUGAGAGUAAUGUGGAGGAGCUAGUGUGCCUAGCGACGUGGAAGGAAGGCUCCACGAGAUACUUGGUGGGCAAGAUAUCGCAAGUGCAGCGACGGAACGCUUUGGCCUCCGACGAAGACACAUACAGAUGCUUCAUCUAUAAAGGCCAGCAUAGCGACAAAACUAUGACGUACUACAUAGCUCAGUCCGGAGAUGCAACGUGCAACGGGCUUUCGUCACCGACCGACGGCAGUCGGACCAUGAGGCUGACUAAUAGUGACGACGAGCACAACCGGUGCCACUUCCCAAGUUGGAUAGUGGACCACCACAAGUGGUACAGUUUGGACCACACCCAUCAGUACCAUUUUACAACCAAGAAUGCCACGCUAAAGAUAGCGAACGCGGAUGGACAGUUGGAAGAGAAGCGGCUGGUGUGCCACUCCAUCCUGGAACAGAAGGAAAAGAAACAUAUAAAACUUGUAGCACACGUCACUAAAGGAUGUGAGUCCGGGCACGUGUGCCUGGUGUUCCACCGGCGCUCCGCGCACGUGCUGGAGCUGCGCUCGGGCUCCGGGCUGUGGGAGUCCCCGCAGGACGCCUGUGCUGAGCCGGAACACGACCCAUCCAUCACACUCAUCACGACCACUUUGACUCCGGAACGGUGUCCUAUCUUCGGCCGCUACAGUGUGGUCAGCUCUUUAGCUGACUCCAGGCGGAGACGGCAGCAGAUGACUAUAGGAGACGCUGAAAGCACGGAAAUUGAACCAAAAUGCGUUCCCGGCGUUUAUGACAGCGCGAGUAUAGGGUGCGGCGCGGCCCAAGACAGCAUCGAGUUCAAGUCCGCUUGCCCCAGUACUGUGUAUACCUGCUAUGGCAGCUGGCAGUCCGGCGGCACCGGCUACGUGGUAGCGGCCCCAGCGCAGCCGCGCAGCACGCGCCUGCGCACAGUCUGCAUCGUUUACGAGCACCACAAUAACAACGAGACCCACGGAGGCACGCUGUCUUUGAGCAUCGUGUCGCACUCGUGUGAUCGCUCGGCGUCGCCCGGCCCGCCUGACAAGGCCUACAAUCUGACACUCAAUGGUACAUGUGAGCAGAGCAGCAAGUACAACAGCCUCGCGGAGCGCCUCGCGCCCGCCACGCUCCUGCUCGCGCUCGCGCUCACUGUCAGAUGAUACGGCGGCCGCUAGAGGCCCAAGGGGAGUUCUAUUAACCUACUUCAUGUCUAAACUACAUGCUGUUUACUGAUUAUCGACCUUAUUUGCAAAGAUAUUAGGUUCAAAAUUUCUCAGUUAUAACUGAAGUUACGAUUUUUGUGAGAGUCUAAGGUUGGUAUUCCACCUGUGCAAUUUCUUUGUACAAUGUCAUUGCGUCUCACUCUAUCAUUAAGCAAAAUGUGAGACGCAAUACAUGUUUGACAAAGAUAUUAGAUGGAAUACCCCCCUAAGGUGACUCUGCACCGACCCGAACAGAAUAAUGCGAUGGAGUGUCUUAAUAAACGUCAUAUUUCAUAUAAAUUUGACAUUAAUGAUGACAUUUCCAUCCCUUGUCAUGGUAGCGCUGGUGGCCUAGCGGUAAGAGCAUGCGACUUUCAAUCCGGAGGUCGCGGGUUCAAACCACCAAUGAAUUUUUCGGAACUUUUGUACGAAAUUUCAUAUGAUAUUUACCAGUUUCUUUUCGGUGAAGGAAAACAUCGUGAGGAAACCGGACUAAUCCCAAUAAAGCCUAGUUUCCCCUUUGGGUUGGAAGGUCAGAUGGCAGUUGCUUUCGUAAAAACUAGUGCCUACGUCAAUUCUUGGGAUUAGUUGUCAAGCGGACCCCAGACUCACAUGAGCUGUGGCAAAAAGCCCGGACAACGCGAAGAAGAAGAAAAAAUUACAUACUUUGUCAUGCAAAUUCCAUGCAGAGUUAGGUUGGUCCGACUCUAAGGUCGAUGUGGUCAGUCAUAACUGUCAAUUUCGUAAUCUUAAUUGCAAAGAGAAGAACCAACAUUGGUCAGUCAAAAGUAACAUUUCUUAAAACUUAAAUACAUGAGGAUAAUCAGUUAACAGUCACAACACAAAAAUUGGUAGAAAAGGCAGAUUGGUCACACUUUGGAAACCUAGACAAGAUAUAUUUUACUUAUUCAAACAUAUUACACAGUAUUACAGUGAGACACUAAGGCACUGUGGAAUGCAUACAGUAUUAUUAUUAUCCUAAAACGUUAACAUAGAGUUGUGUUAUACAAUAACAAUAAUCUUAAAUAUUAACUGAAGACAGGUUAUCCAUCGCCUCACAUAACUUCUUACAUUCGUCACAUAACAUCUUCCAACUACUGGCAAAAACAUAUAUAUUAGUACAGAAUUUUUGGUAUGGUCUUUGGUCGUCCCAUUCGUUUUUCGUCAAGUUCUUAAAUUAGUCCUAUUCUGCUUUCGUCACUCAUUCUACAUUGAAAGCCACCGACGAUUGUGACGAAUGCAGAAUGAGUGACGAAAGCAGAAUAGGACUAAUUUAAGAACUUGAUGAAAAACGAAUGGGACGACCCAAGACGAUACCGAAUUUUUAACGUUCUAAACCUUCUGCGAUCUCCUCUUUUGUGAUUGAUGUAGAAUUUUUAUCUACGAGAUGAAAGUGUAGGUCAUACUCAACGACAUUUUUUGAAACAGACCUGAAUUCCCGAUAAAUUUUUACUGUCACACAGAAAACGUCGGUAUCUGGCACCUAUUUCACCAUGCUGACCACCGUGAUCACCAAUAGGGACCGUGCGCAGAGGGCCUGCCAUCUUGUGGCCUGAAUCAGAAACAUAUGUGCAUAUGUACAUUGCCAAAGCAAGUGCUACCAUCUACCGUUCUCGUAGGUACGUUUCCUGGUGCAUAGUAGGUUCUGCCUUCUGCCAUCUCGUGGGCUACAUCGGAAGCAUAAACGUCACAUUUACGCCUCGCGCCAAAAAUCUGACGGCUCCUAUGCUGUCCGUCCGUGCUAUACGUCAUGCACGCCCCCUAUUGCUUAGUAACGACAGUACCUACAUAGCGUCAAUGUUGUUGUUGAACAAUUAAUGUAUGGUGAAUUGUCAAUGUCGGGCGUUAAUUGUUAGCGUAGUUUCGAACAAAGAUUUUUUUCUUCGUAACGGGUUGCGAACGGAGAAUUAUUUUCUACGUAACGGGUUGCGAACGAAAAAUUAUUUUCUUCGUAACUGGUUGCGAACGGAGAUUUUUUUUUUAAUAAUUAUUCUUAACAAUAUUAUACAACUAAUUAAUUUGUACAUGAACAUAUCUGCCUGAUGUCUUACAAUGCUGAUUUAUCCUAUGAAUCUUUGUGUAAAUGUAUUUUAAUAGAACUCCUUUCUAAUGUACCUAUUUGACACUAAAAUACUUGUAGGUAACAAGUAGAUUGCUUUUUGUGAUAAUGUUAUUUUUAUUUCGGCAGCUAUUUUUGGGUAGGUUUUUUUUUUACUUUUUUUAAUGGUUCUGAAGCUAUUCUGUUUAAGAUUAAUGUUUUUUGGGAACUUUAUUUUUGGAUUUAAAAAAAAAACAGUUUUUUUGACAGAUUUCGGAAUUAAAAAAAACUUUUUGAUAUUGUAUGUACCUUCGUUAUUUACAAUACUCAUUAAACUGUAUUAAGUUAAGAGUUAAUUGUAAAUAAAUUAAUUGUAAACAAAGCUUCCGAACCAUACAAAAGUGUUGUUUAGGUAUUUAUUCUCAUUUUUAAUGCUUUUAUUAGUUAUUAUUUUUUCUAUAAAAUAGUCGUUAGGAUAGGCCAAACAAUACAAUGUUGAAAAGAAACGAAGUAAAAAUAAAGUGUGUAAAUAAAAAAUGGUAUAGAAUUUGAUUAAAAUGCGAUUUUUAAAUAAUGUUACUUACGGAAUUUGUAUCUUAAUGGGAUGUUUUAUUUUUUAAAUUUAGACCCUGUUUGUUCUCGCCUAAUAAAUAAGAAAAAUGUUAAAUGUUUUGUAAUUUUUUGCUCAUCACCUACGUAGUUACGAAAAUGUAAUAAUAGUUACGAAAGUGGAAACUUUUCAAAAUAUUAAUUUUAUAUCGAUCCCUCACCUGACUCAAUCAAGGUGAUAUUGUUGAGAGUUUUAACCUUGAAUUAUAGUUCGUGUUUUUAGCAUUAGAAAAAGACUACGCGAUCUUGACGUGUCUUUUAAUUGAAAAACGCUUUUUAAAAAUCAGUAACAUAAAAUAAUGUAAAUAAUCGUAUAUGAUAUGAUUCAUAAUUGUUACAUAUUUGCCGUGACUUAUUUAUCAAAAGUGAUUUUUGAUAAAGGGCUGUCCAUAAAUUACGUCGUCGAGUUCGGACAAUUUUUGACCCCCCCCCCCCCCCCCCCCUAAAAUCAUGCUUUGAAUGACCCCGUUUCCUCCUACGUCAUGCUACCAUCAUCCGAUGUCCAGACCUCCCCCCCCCCCCCCUAAUUUGAAAUGAUGUAAUUUAUGAAUAGCCCCUAAAACGUCACGUCAAGAUUGUUUACCUUUUUUCUGAUGCUAAAGAAAAUCUAACUAUAAAUAUGUCUUUUACUUAAUUGUAUAUUUUUAGUAAGUGCUCAGAAAACGUCCUGCUAUGUAGCAAACAACUGAUAAAAUUUUAAAUGUGAGUGAUACAACUAUUACGAUUUAUCACUAUCGCAUUUAUUGAUGAAACCUUUGAAAAGUUAGUUAAAAAGUUUUAGGCGAGAACAAAACAAGAUGUAAUUAUACUAUAGUAUCAUUUAUUUAUAGACAAAAACGCUUUAAGUAUACACUUUGUACUGUAUGCUUGGUAUAUCGAGCGGCAGAUGUUAUAUCGGUGUCGUCUUAUCAUGUCUUUUAUCGAACGAUAUCUUGUCAUCGAUAAAAUAAGAGACAUGAAGACUGUUGUUCAAAUGUCGUACUGUUUUGAUACAUUUGUGCUGUUAUUGUGAGGAAAAUUGUAUUUUAUAUAGAAAGGCAUUAUAUUAGUGUCAAUUAUAAGCUGUUUACACAAUUUCACUUAAAAGAUUUUUUAUUAUUGUGAAUUAAAAAUUUACGACAGGCAAGUUUGGUCCCUGACAAAAUGGAAAAAUUACAAAGACGAUGUUUUUGACGUGAUAACGUCUUAUAAAUCGAUCAACACCGGUAGCAUGCACGAAAAAGUGUCACGUUGUGGACAGAUCUCCAUGGUAACGUUGUGGAUAAAUCUCGAUGGUAACGUUACGUAAUGUAAUGUUAAUGUUUUCGUAUGACGUUAUCACGCAAAAUUAUCGUCCGUAAACCGACUUUACAGACAACCAUAUUUUUUUGUUAGAAUGUUUCUGUAAGUGUUUAAAUUAGUUUCCUUAAUAUUUUCCUCCUUUGCCAUAAACUUUCAGACAUGUUUCGAUAUGGUACGACAUUUCGAGUAAUGAAAACCGUUCAUAUUGGUUUAAGUGUAAUAUAAAUUAGAUAGGCAUAAAUUUAGAGAAAUUAUGCUCAGAAGGAAGACCGUGGUUUUUUUAUUUAUUGAAACGUCCGUAAACUUUGUUGUGCGUCCAUAAACUACGUAGACGGGCACAGUUUGAACAUUCUAGUUAUAUUGUAUUCUUUUUUAUGGAAAUUAUGUAAUAAUUCCUUGCCAUAUAAAAAAGUUACGAAACUAUUAUAGUUAGUUACGAAACUGAUUUUUUUUAUUAUAAUUUUGGAAUACUUUUUUUAUUAACAAAAAGAAGUUAUAAUGUUCUGUAGAGCAAUCAGUAUCAACAAAUCAAAGUGUGCCCGUCAUUAGACUUACGCAUUUAUUAUUUUAGAAGAAAAACGGCGCAAAAGUGGCUUUUUCGGUUUAUAAAUAAAACCGGGUAAGUGCGAGUCGGACUCGCGCACGAAGGGUUCCGUACCAUAAUGCAAAAAAAAAAAAAACGAAAAAAAAGCAAAAAAAAACGGUCACCCAUCCAAGUACUGACCACUCCCGACGUUGCUUAACUUUGGUCAAAAAUCACGUUUGUUGUAUGGGAGCCCCAUUUAAAUCUUUAUUUUAUUCUGUUUUUAGUAUUUGUUGUUAUAGCGGCAACAGAAAUACAUCAUCUGUGAAAAUUUCAACUGUCUAGCUAUCACGGUUCGUGAGAUACAGCCUGGUGACAGACGGACGGACGGACGGACGGACGGACGGACAGCGAAGUCUUAGUAAUAGGGUCCCGUUUUACCCUUUGGGUACGGAACCCUAAAAAUGAGUAUUUCAAUCAAAUGCUCUAGUCGACUCCUAAAAUGCCACUUUUGUCUUGUUCUUUUCCAAUUUGGUUUUCAGAAAGAAAUCUUAAAAUAAUUGAGUCGCGAAGAUCAUAUGAAAUUAUGACAUAACCAUCAGUAUAUGUGUCAAACCAAUGACCAUUUGUAUUGUGCAGAAUUAAGUUCAAAUACCCAUUUAAUUGAAUGCAUUAAUGAGUGCAUUAACUGGCAUUUUAAACAAAUACACGAUUGAUUGAUUGAUUAUUCGCGGAUCUUCUCUUUGUGCUUUUAAUACAUAUAACUGUUCUUUUGACAUUUACUCGUAACAUAAAAUUGACCUUUUCGUUAAUAAAAAGACACUGAGAAGGCCUCGAUAUGUAAGAAUAUUUAUAUGCAUUAAAAUCACUAAGUCGGCAAAACAAAUGGCUCAAAAACAAUCAUAAUUUAAAAUCAAAUUGAUUAAGCAAUUGUUAUUAAUUAUUAUUACUGUUUUAAAGAUUUCAAGAAGAAAACCAGAUACUAUCAGCUAUUAUUAUAGGCUUUAGACUUAUAAUUUACCAGUUUUUUUUACAACCAGUGCUUUUCCUCGUGAAUCUUGACCAAUAGUAGUUAAAAGUAUACAUAUUUGCUCAUAAUUAACAAAAAAUAGCGCGGAAUUUUAUUUGUGAUAAAGAAAAUAUUAUAAGAAAAAAUGUGUAAAUAUUGACUAGACUCAAGUUCCUCACUUUUGUUUCUCUGACUCUGAUUUUUGUGAUACUCUGAGUUUUGGUUGGUUAGAUUUAAGUUUGGCCUUUGGCCGCCACAACUACUCUCAAAAAAUCAAAUGAAAAAUCUCUCGAUAUCAAAUGAUUUAGUUGUGUACUACUUAUUCUUUCGCAAUUUUUCAUAAGGGCACUUUCGACUUCCGACAACAUCUCAUAAGUAGUUACGAAAGUUACAAAAGUGGAAUAAAUUUGUUUUCGUAACUCAAAGUUCUUCAAAGGAUACUUUAAUGUUAGUAGUAACUUUAUGUUUUUAAUAAUGCUUUUGAAAUAUUACGAGAAAAUCAAUAAAUCAAAAUAAAGUAUGGCGGCCGAAGGUUGGAAUUGACGAUGUCUGUGCUUGCCUACAAUGAACCUAUUAUUUUAAAAGAAAGAUUUAAAAUAUAAAUAUGUAGCCGAAAAGACUAUUGUACAUAAAACUAGCUGGAUAACUUAUAUAACUAUACAUACAAUCAUAUUUUAUAAGUAUAAACACAUUUUUAAAAUAAACUACAGGACAAAAGUAUUAAUUUUAAAAAAUAACCGACGAUAAUAAAUAGCGAUAGUAUUAUGAAUAGAUUUAAAGAAGCGGUCUUUAACAUUUUCGUUAAAAAAGUGCACAUUAAAAAGUAAAACACUGUAGCACUUAAGACGUUUUUUUAAACAAAUUUACAAUGUGAAUAAAACGCACUAAGGAUUUCUGUAAAAAAUAUGAUGUAAUACUCUAUGGGAUUGUAAUUUAUUGGCAUGUAAAUAUUUUGUUUUUUAGGGCUAAAUGUGGUUUCUUCGCUGUUUUGUGUAUUUAAAAAACGUGUCAGUCAGCUGGGAAGCGUCGCCGAUAAAAUUCCUUUUUCUGACAGCUGCUUUUUUUAACAAUUGUGGCCUAGAUGCUAUUCCUUUAAGCCAUCUGACAGCUGUCAUCGGAGGCGUUUAUCAGUUGUCUAAGCGCGUUAGGCGUUUUUCCUUCGCCAACUGUAUAGAACGUUUUGCUAAUCCGGAUCCCCGCAUUCGCCAUUUUGGAAAACUUCACGAGAAGAGAUACGAUUUGUAACUAUUACCGUGUAAGCCUAUUAUUAUAUUUUGAUUACUGAAAUAUAUUUGAAAAUCAA